CAUUAUCUUUGAGCACGCUGUCAUCAAGGAAGUUGGGCAACAUGUCCACUCUCUCGAGCAGUGUCAUGCUAUGAUGUCAUUUUGUGGGCACUCCAUAAUGAGCCAAAGUUACAAAGUUACGCAACUUUGCCCGGAAAUUCCAAAUGAAGCCUGGUGAUACGACAACGUUGCACCUGUUAGCCACAUUAGCGUGUUGGCAGAGUAUUCGUUUCUUCUUGGGAUACUUGUGACACCUAGUCAUUCUUUAAAUCAAAUGUUUCUGGAAAUAUUUGUCCAUCUUUGCGACGCUACGUUUUAGCCACAGUUAAUCACUGAUGUUUAUAGGUAGGCCAAAGUAAUGAUUGAGAACAUCUGCGAGGUAGAGUCACAUGGAAAUGUAAAACGUCCCGCUGUACUGUGUAUCAUUCCUCAUGGAAUGGCUCUUCCCCAAUUAAAUUGCUUGGUGAGAUCCUAGCUUCUCAGUCCAUUAGGGUUGGCCAAAGACAUUGGAUAAAAGCUGAUCAAUGCCAUCUAUCCAUCCAUCAAUCUGCUUAUCCUGCUCGGAGUGUAAGUAAACUUUCAUUUUGCAUCUUGUUUGGGUGUUUGCAGUGAUUUUCCUAAAGUAUUGACAACACCUGCAGCAUUUUCCUGGAGAAAGCGCUCUGCUUUACAUGUGUCGACAGAAGUAACCCUGACCAGUUGCUGUUGCAGCCUUUCUUCCUGCACGACUGUGUGCCCGAGUUAACUAACAUCUAAACAGAGCAAACAUGUUCAUUCAACUUGCUGUCUUUUCGUGGGUUGCUUCUGGAUAUUUAUCCGAACCAACGGAACUCUGUCAACCUGAUGGAAGACCCCCACCCUGUCAACAUGUUUUCCAAAAUAUUUGUUAUGAGAUUUGGGCAGAAUCUAAAUCCUGGACACAAGCAAGGAGCAGCUGCGCACAACGAGGAGGACACCUCCUGGGAGAGUUUAAUGAUGCCAUCAAAAUGAUUCUGAAUGACUUCACCAGACAGAGAAGCAUCGGUAACCUCACCUGGUGGCUGGGGCAGAGAGAUCGUGAGGACAACCUGGAAGCCCUGUUGGGUGAUUACGAAAAUGUCGUUGCUUCCAAAGACGCGACCAGCUGCACGUACAUGAAGCAGAAUCCGUUUCAGCUUGUUGUGUCAUCCGACUGCAACCAGAAACGUGGCUUCCUCUGCACCCACAGUUUGCAGCCAUCACAAAACACACAGGAAAAUUUGGCAUCCGGAUCACGGUUCAAAAGGAGUGAACACCCGAUGGCUCCCCAUAUAUAUAACAUUGUAAACCUUCUUUUGGAAGCUGACAAUGAACUCAUGCGAAUGGAAAUGGAGGCAGGAGAGCCAACGGAUGAAAGUAGGGAUGGAUUCAUUCGGUAUUUGUUGAAAGGCACUCAAAAUCUGACACCUGAACUUGCCCUCGAAAACAUUGACGUCAUAAGUCACAUCAUUGGCUGUAGCAUGAGCAUCCUUGACAUGUCCAUGAACAAAUGUGACAUCCAGGUGAACCCUAACCCUACUUCCCUAUUUGAGGAUAUAUUUGAGAUUUUCCGGACCAUUUCAGUGCUACUGGGUUCAGCGACAUCAGAAAGAAUCGUCAUUAAGCACUCAAUGGGCUCCAUCUAUCUGAGCAGUCACAACCCUGAAGACCUCAGCAAUGUCAUUCUGGGCUCAGUGGAAGAUGGUGAGUUCAUCAUAAUGCCCCCAUAUUCCGUUCUUCAAAGUCACAUUGGCCGAGACGAAAAAAUCAUUGCUCAGAUGGCUACAUUCUCGGUGAAUCCCCAUCCAACUGAUGACAAGAUCUCCGGAACUGUUUGCAGCCUUUUACUGAGUGAUGGAGAGUCAGACGUUGAGUUGUCCAACCUCACAGAGAUGAUCGAGAUAUUUAUGCCUCGCCCAAUCGUUUCAACAGUGAUUAACCAAACAGUCGAACUUGAAGAAAAUGCAAAGGUACUGACAAGAGUCAACGUCUCAGACCCUACGAUGUCCGUUUGUAUCAGAGUGGAACCCAGUGGGAACGUUUCCUUGAUUCUUACACUGUCUGAAGGGUCGCCUCCGAAUUCCAGUUACUUUGCCAACAUAACCAUCCUAAACCAAAAAGGAGGCUACCAAUGGAUCCUAACUCCGGAGAUGUUACGGCAGACUCCUGGGGUAUGGUACAUUAGCAGUGAACUCUUCAACUCCACGUGGGAGCCAGGCAUUGCACUGAGCAUCACCACUUUUAUGACCAAGUGCAUGCACUGGAGCAUCGACCAACAAACAUGGAGCACAGAUGGCUGUCAGGUUGGGAAGCAAAGUACUCCCGGACAAACUCAUUGUCUCUGCAACCACCUCACUCUUUUUGGGGGUUCCUUCUUUGUGAUGCCGAACUAUGUGGACUUAACACGCACGGCGGAGUUGUUUGGCACUGUCUCUCAAAACUACGUGGUGCUCUCACUGCUUUGUGCUUUUUUUGGCCUCUACCUGGUCACUCUCUUGUGGGCGUGCUAUGCUGACCGCAGAUCACGCUCCAGAAGGAAGAUGACUCUGCUGGAGGACAACCACCCGUGUGCGCAGUACAACUACUUGAUCGGUGUCCAAACAGGACAGCGCAAGAAUGCGGGGAGGACUGCCAAUGUUACAGUGACAAUGACUGGCUCAGAGGGACAAAGUGAUGCACACCAUCUCGCGGAUCCUGACAAGCCCGUGUUUGAGAGGGGAGCUGUCGACAUGUUUCUCUUGGCCACACCCUUCCCACUGGGCCAAGUGCGAAACAUUAGGCUGCAGCACGACAACUCUGGAGGUCACCCAUCAUGGUAUGUAAACAAGGUGACCAUACAGGAUCUCCAAACUCAACAUGUUUGGCACUUCUUUUGUGACUGUUGGAUAAGCAGUGACCAUGGCGAUGGUAUGACGAAGAAAAUGUUCAAUGCUGCAAAGAGCGAUGAGGUAUCCUGCUUCAGGAAUAUUUUCCAGAGCCGAACAUCGACAGGUUUUAGGGAUGAACACAUUUGGAUGUCCAUUGUGGAUCCGCCAUGGCGGAGCCCUUUUACUCGGGUUCAGAGGGUUUCUUGCUGUAUGAGCCUGCUCCUGUGCACCAUGGCCAUCAAUAUUGCCUUUUGGAACGUUCCAGAGAAUGAGGAUUCUCCAGUAGUCUUCUCCAUUGGUUCGCUGCAAAUUACGUGGCAGGACAUCAUGGUGGGCGUCGAGAGUGGUCUUCUCAUGUUCCCAAUCAACAUCCUCAUUAUCACCAUAUUCCGAAGCAUCAAACCACGCAUUGUUUCAAAGUCUCCAAAAAACAGCUCGGAGGACAAAGUGAGACCCCGGUUGGUUACCAUAACAACCAUUCUAAAGGAAACCGAGGAGGUCCUUUCUCUGCUGAGCAGAAGUCUACGGAACAAAAUGGCACAAAUAUACAGAUUGGAGUCCAUCCCUGAUCUCUUUGCAGCCUUGAACAGAGUGCAUGAAUUAAUUCAUCUUAUGCAAGGGGAAAUUGAGAGCGACCUGCAUUGGGUCUACUGCAGCAAGUUCCUCCUCGCCGCUCUUUGUCGCCUGCGUUUGUGUCUAGAAACGUUGGACGGAAAGAACUUCCCGAGUCCACAGGAUUACGCACAAGCACUAGACAUCACCAAUCUGCUGGUUCGCAAGGCCGAUAUGGUUUUCAGCAGUCACUUAGCCUGCUGCUCACCUCCCGUGAAAAAGAAGAGUGUGUCAUCCGGCUGCUGGUUGCCUUGGUGGUGUGUGUUCAUCGGCUGGUUCCUGUUAAUUUCCCUCAGCGGCGUGUCCACUUUUUUCACCUUGCUCUAUGGAUUUUACUAUGGCAAGGCAAAGUCCAUCAAGUGGAUCAUGUCUCUGGGCCUCUCUCUCUUCCAGAGCAUUGUCAUAUUACAGCCUCUCAAGGCCUAACCAUCAACUGUAAGCCCCCCCCCCGCCAUAACCGAGAUCCUCAACUCAUUUUUUAGCAUUGGCAAACAGAUAUGCGACACGAAGAAGGGGUAUUGCUGAAGAAUUGCCAAAUGUGCUUCAACAAAGUCUUGAGCCAAGGUUGCGACUUACGCACAUGUAAUUUCAUAGUUUUUUUAAAGACAUUUGUAAACAAAAAAAAUAUGAUUAGAUUAGUUGUACAAUUUUGAGGGGAAUUCUUUUCAUUAUUCAGUGGCGUGACAAAAUGCAAAUAAUAAAGAUUUGUUGUAAUAAACUAGAAAAGUUUAUUGCAACAAAUCUUUUCUGAGGUGCCCAUUUGCCAAAUGCGUAUGCGAAUGAGCCUUUUCAAAAUUUUCCCCACUUUGACAUUAGAGUGAAAACCUCAAAAUUGGCUGAGUUUUCACGAGGCUGAAAAAAAGUCCAGUUUAAAGUGAGCUGUCAUUUUUGGGGUAUUACCUAGAUGUAAAAUCAUUAUUGCUGUUGUUACUGCUAUUCUGUCCGUUCAUUUCUCCUACUGCUGUCUCCUCGUCUGUCUGUCUGUCUGACUGACUGACUGAUCUACUGCAGCUGUUGUCGUGCCAUAAAUGCUUCAAAUGUAAAGACAUUUUUCGGUUCAUGGGACAAGAGGAUUUGUCUUUAUUUUUAAAGGUGAUUGGAGUCGCUGUGUUUUUCGCCCUGUUGCUUAAACCUGUCGCGGUGGAGGAAAUUGAAGAAAUUGAACAAGUGCUUUC